AAAAGGAAAAAACAUGAGAAUUGGAAUGGCGCCAUCCCCUGCAAAAGAGAGAGAAAGGAGCCUCCAGAGUAUAUUUCUCUUAGAUGCUUACUGCUGCUUGUUUCUAAAAUAUAAGAGCUCAUUUUGAAGGCACCCAAAAGUCAUAUAGAAACUUACAUUUUAGAAAAAGAAAUGGGAAAGAAGAGACAAAAGAAAGCAGAACAAGGAAACCCUAACGUUGCUGAAGCUACUCGUAUACGAAUUUCUCAAAUACUUGAACAAUUCCGUGCUGCUAAAGAUCAAGUAUUCACAUUUGAAGCUAACUUGUCAAACCGUGAACGUGCUGUGGUACAUGAAGUAUGCAAGAAAUUGGGUAUGAAAUCCAAGAGUACUGGGUAAGUUUUGUUUGAUAUAUAGGUCCAUUCUUUAUUUCAGAAUGAGAGAUCUAAAUAUAUGAAUUAUUAAUAUUAUACAGGCGGAUUAAAACUUGUCUUGCAAGAGUUAUUUGCAUACUACCCACCUGAGGAUGGAGAGCUUGGUGCAAAAAUGGUGGGAAAUUGUAAGGCAAAGGAUAGUAUAAUACAGGGAAAGAAAGAUGGUAUCUUUAGUAUGCCUUCAAUGGCCAAAGCAGAUAUUACUAAGAAGGUUGAAUCACUAAAUUCUAGAAUUGAAAAGGACGCAAACUUAAGACAGAUUGUUGAACAAAGAUCUAAGCUUCCAAUUGCAUCCUUUAGGGAUGUCAUUACAUCCACAGUAGAAUCUCACCAGAUUGUUCUUAUUUCUGGUGAAACUGGAUGUGGAAAGACUACACAGGUUCCACAAUAUCUCUUGGAGUAUAAGUGGGGAAAAUGUGAGGCUUGUAAAAUAAUCUGCACGCAACCUCGUCGUAUAUCGGCAAUAUCAGUUGCUGAGAGAAUCUCGUCUGAAAGAGGAGAAAAUGUUGGAGAUGAUAUUGGAUACAAGAUUCGAUUAGAAAGUAAAGGUGGGAAAAACUCAUCAAUUGUCUUAUGCACAAAUGGGGUUCUACUGCGAUUACUAGUUUCGAGGGGCACUAGAAGAUCGAAGAAGAAGUCUUCAAAAAAUGCGAAGGAUGAUAUUUCAAAUAUAACUCACAUUAUUGUGGAUGAAAUUCAUGAAAGGGACCGCUACUCAGACUUCAUCUUAGCAAUUAUCAGAGACAUACUUCCUUCAUAUCCUCAUCUUCGACUGAUAUUGAUGAGUGCUACUCUUGAUUCUGAACGAUUUUCACAAUAUUUUGGUGGCUGCCCAAUUGUCCGUGUUCCUGGGUUCACAUAUCCUGUCAAAAGUUUCUACUUGGAAGAUGUACUUUCAAUCCUAAAUUCUGCAGAUAAUAAUCAUAUUGAUUCUGCUAUGCCAAGUAUCCCAAUUAAAAGCCAUGAGCUAAGAGAAGAAGACAGAGCUGCUGUAGAUGAAGCUAUCAAUUUAGCUUGGACAAAUGAUGAAUUUGAUACCCUUUUGGAUUUGGUUUCUUCUGAAGGAAUCCCAGAGGUUUACAAUUUCCAAGAGUCAUCGACUGGCCUAUCGCCAUUAAUGGUCUUUGCUGGAAAGGGUAGAGUAGAUGAUGUUUGCAUGCUUCUCUCGUUUAAUGCGGACUGUCAUUUACAAGACAAGGAUGGACUGACAGCACUAGAAUGGGCCAAAAGAGAAAACCAGCAUGAAACUGCUGAAGUAUUAAAAAGACAUGUUGAAGUUUCUCCAACUGACUGCCGGGAGCAGCAACAAUUACUUGAUAAUUAUCUAGGAAAAAUUAACCCUGAACUUGUUGAUGUUUCUCUUAUAGAGCGGUUGUUAAGGAAAAUUUGUAUUUCUUCAAGAGAUGGUGCUAUCCUCGUUUUCCUUCCUGGGUGGGAUGAUAUAAGGAGGACCCGGGAAGGAUUACUUGCAAAUCCAUUUUUCAAAGAUUCUUCUAAGUUCUUGAUAAUCUCUCUUCAUUCUAUGGUUCCGUCUAUGGAGCAAAAGAAAGUUUUCAAACGCCCACCUCAAGGUUGCCGCAAAAUUAUUCUUUCAACUAAUAUCGCUGAAACUUCCAUUACCAUUGACGAUGUUAUCUAUGUAAUUGAUAGUGGUCGAAUGAAAGAAAAAAGUUAUGACCCUUAUAACAAUGUAUCAACUCUUCAAUCUUCCUGGGUAUCCAAAGCAAGUUCAAAGCAGCGUGAGGGACGUGCUGGUCGCUGUCAGCCUGGGAUGUGUUAUCAUCUUUAUUCAAAACUUCGAGCAGCUUCUAUGCCAGAUUUCCAAGUUCCUGAAAUCAGGAGAAUGCCAAUUGAAGAACUUUGUUUGCAGGUGAAGUUGCUUGAUCCCAAUUGCAAGAUAGAAGAAUUCCUAGGGAAGAUGCUUGACCCUCCUGUUCCUGAAACCAUACGGAAUGCUAUUCUUGUUCUUCAGGAUAUUGGGGCUCUAUCGCCGGAUGAACAAUUGACAGAAGUAGGAGAGAAGCUGGGCUGCCUGCCUGUUCAUCCAUUGAUAAGCAAGAUGCUUUUCUUUGCUAUAUUGAUGAAUUGCCUAGACCCAGCUUUGACAAUGGCUUGUGCCUCUGACUAUAGAGAUCCAUUUACCCUUCCUGUUUUGCCAAAUGAAAAGAAGAGAGCUGCUGCUGCUAAAUUUGAGCUAGCGUCACUGUAUGGUGGGCGCAGUGAUCAGCUAGCAGUUAUAGCAGCCUAUGAGUGCUGGAAGAAUGCUAAAGAAAGAGGUCAAGAAGCACGGUUUUGUUCUCAAUACUUUAUCUCUUCAAGCACCAUGAUUAUGCUGCAUGGUAUGCGUAAGCAGCUUCUAUCAGAACUAAUUCGGAAUGGAUUCAUUCAGGAAGAUGCCUCAUGUUGUAAUGUGAAUUCACAUGAUCCGGGAAUACUCUAUGCUGUACUUGUUGCUGGUUUGUAUCCUAUGGUGGGGAGAGUCCUUCCACCUAGAAAUGGAAAACGUUUUAUUGUAGAGACUGCAACUGGUGCCAAAGUUAGGUUGCAUCCUCAAUCCCUUAAUUUUAAGCUGUUAUCUAACAAAACUGAUGACUGCUCUUUGAUUAUUUUUGAUGAAAUAACCCGCGGAGAAUGGGGUAUGAACAUAAGGAACUGUACUAUUGUUGGCCCACUUGCAUUACUACUGCUUGCAACAGAGAUUGUAGUUACCCCUGCAAAGGAUCACGAUGAGGAAGAUAACGAGGGUGAUGAUAAUAAUGAUGGAAGUGAUACUGCACCUGAGGAUGAAGGCGAUGAAGAUAAGAUGGAAAUUGAUGAUAGGUUGGGUGGACACAAUGAUGAGAAGAUCAUGUCAUCUCCUGAUAAUUCGGUUAAUGUAGUUGUGGAUCGAUGGCUUUAUUUUUCAUCAACAGCCCUUGAAGUUGCUCAGAUUUACUGUUUGAGAGAGCGAUUAUCAGCAGCUAUUUUAUUCAGAGUAAUGCAUCCUAAGCAGGAGCUUCCUCCUGCCCUUGCGGCCUCGAUGCGAGCGACAGCUUGUGUUCUGUCUUAUGAUGGACAAUCCGGGAUCUCAUUACCUCAAGAAUCUGUGGACUCUUUGGCAUCAAUGGUCGAUGCAACUGAGAUUGACAGCACUGCUCCUGGGAGAAGAAAAGCGAUGGGCCAUAACCCUAGUGGUUUUCUUAGAUCACUGAUGAGCAAUAGGCGACAGCAGACCACUCCUCACCAUUAUCGCAAUGCUAGGUUACCUGCAUUCAAGGGAAAAUCAAACAUAAAUCAACCAUCAACCUGUAAGAAUACACCUCCAGUAAGUUCAUUAGACAAGAUCCCUGAUCAAAGGCCUCCAUUGCAAGGUCACACUUCAGGUAAAUCUGGAUCAAGUCCAAGGGGGGAUUCUUCUAAACGGCAGCGUGGAAAUGCAUCCAAAAACCAAUGAUACUUUUUGAGAUCAAUUAAUGCUGCAUGCAUGAAAAAUCCAGCUGCCUUUUGCUGGAAUGGAAAUAGAAUGACAAUUGAGCUCACCUCAAGUUUUGCUUCCUGCAAUUACUUUUAUCUUCUUCUUUUUUUAUAUACUUAUUCACUAAUGAACUUAAGUUUGAUAUCCACAAAGAAACUUGGUAUGGACAAGUCCUCACAGAAAAGCUUUUUUUCUUGUUUAA